CACACAUGUAACUCGUACCAAGCUUGGAGUUCAAAGGUCACCACUUCCCAUCAUCCUCCAGGAAUUUCGCGCCAUUUUGAAAAAAAAAGAGCGAAGAUCGAGAAAGAAACCCUUCAGAAAUCGCCUUGUAUCUUCUUACCUGGGCACACCUGCGCCAUGCCGGGACUUCUCCAGACCUGUGAGGACCUGUUCAGCACCCGUGACCUCUACAAGGUCAUAGGAGUGGAGAGAACUGCGACGGAGAAACAGGUGAAGAAAGGGUACUACCGCAUGUCGAUGAGAUUCCACCCUGACAGAAACUCAGACGACGCCCAGUCCACAGAAAAGUUCCAGGCUCUGAGUAAAGUCUACUCUGUCCUGUCUGACACUGGGAAAAGGGCGCUGUAUGAUGAAAGUGGAGAAGUAGAUGAUGAAGUUGAUGUGGAUGAGGAUAAAGACUGGGCUUCCUACUGGAGACUGUUGUUCCCACAAGUCACUCUACAGGCUGUGAAAGACUUCGAGAAGAAUUACAAGGGUUCAGAAGAGGAGCUUGCUGACCUGAAGUCUGCGUACCUGGAGCACGAGGGCGACAUGGAUGACAUCAUGGACGCCGUUACCCUGGCAACGCUCGAGGACGAGCCGCGCUUCCGCAAGCUGCUGAUUGGUCAGAUCAGGUCAGGUGACCUGCCAAACUUCCCAGCAUUCUCUCAGGAGGACAGGAGCAAGCAGCAACGCAGGAAAUGCAAGGCUAAGAAGGAAGCAAAGGAGGCGGAAUCAGCGAUGAAAGAACUGGGCAUGGACGGUUCGGAGGACGUGCUGCAGAAAAUGAUCGCUCAGAGAAGCCAGAACAGAGAGAGUCAGUUUAACAACUUCAUGGCUGACCUGGAGGCGCGAUAUGCACCCAAGGGGAAGAAAACCAAGAAAGGGAAAAAGUGAAACAGGGAAACAAAAAAAAAAACAAAAACAAAAAAAAAAACAGCAGUAAAAUCAGUUCUAGAUAUGAAAACAAAGAAGACCUUGCUGGGAUAGAUCUACUGACUUUUUUCUUGUAUUAGAAGGUAUAUUAGAAGCUGUAUUAGAAGGUUCUUUAUUAAAAAAACAGUGGGAUUUUAUUUCCAACUUGUCGGUGACUGUCUGUCACCUUCUUCAGGGCAACAAUUGUCCAAUGGGCUAGUAUCUAAAAGUAUUGGCCAUUGUUAUGUUAUGUUAUGUUAUGUUAUGUUAUGUUAUGUAUCA